ACUACCAUGGCCUUCGAUCUCGGAACACCUAUCAACACCGCCUUGCUGCUCUACAUUCUCUACACAGUGCAGCGCAUACUACUCCCGUCGAAUGCUUUGCCGAAAACAGUGCCUAACGAAUUCAAGGGCGGAUACUCAUGGAUGCCCAAGUCGCAUCCUCCCACGCUCCUGUACCAGACCUACACGCCGAAGACUCUUGAGCCAUUCGACGGUAAGGAAGGCAAGCGCAUCUUACUUGCGAUCAACGGAGUUGUGUACGAUGUGACCGCGGGGCGCAACUUCUAUGGGCCUAACGGAAUGUACGCCAACUUUGCGGGACGGGACGCCUCUCGAGGCAUGGCCAAGCAGUCCUUCGAAACCGAUAUGCUUACACCUAUAGACCAGCCACUCGACAAGCUGGAGGAUCUGGCCCCAGAUGAGAUCGAGAACAUGCGAGGCUGGAUGGAACACUUCUCUAGCAAGUACAUCGUUUGCGGGAAGUUGGCGGAGAAUGACGCUACGUGAUCCGAUGUCUGUUGGAAACUGCGGGUGACCUGUUCGGAUGUGUAACAUAAUGGAACUGUCGGAGUUAAUAGACCAACUCUAUGAACAGCUCGCGCCGAGGGGUUGCAUCAGCUACGCGGCGUGCUAUCGCUUAGAAACGGACUCUCACACCUGUCAGGAUAAGCCCACCGAGGUGUCCGGGCUGCCGGCGCAGUUCUCAUUGCGCAGGUGCCCUGUGCAAUCGUCG